AUGGUCUACAGGGUGGGAAAACGUAGGUUGCUUACAAUUUUACUUGAAAACAACAAGGAAGAAGAAAUGCAAAAGUGUGUUAAAGUCACAGUUUUGAGGGGCACCAAUUUAGUUGUCAAGGACAUUAGAAGCAGUGAUCCAUAUGUUGUACUUAAAUUUGCUAAUAAGGUAGUUUGCACUAAAGUAGUGAAGAAGAAUCUAAAUCCAACUUGGAAUGAGGAGUUCAAAUUUCCCAUAUCAAGUUUUAGUCAUUACUUACUCAAACUGGAAGUGUGGGAUAAGGAUAAAGUUUUUGGUAUUGAUUGGCUUGAUCCAGAUGACUUUAUGGGAGUAGCCAAAAUAGAUUUGAAACAUCUUAUUAAUAGAGAAAAAUGUCCCUCGCAACAUAAAUUGGGAAUGUCUCCAUCAAAAGAAAAUAUUCUACAUCAAGAUAGUUAUAUUAUCCAAACUGCAGAUGGUAAGAGAAUUCAAGAAGUGUGCUUGAAGCUUCAUAAUGUUACUUCUGGCCUUGUGUACCUACGAUUAGAAUGGUCAUCUUAA